AGAUUAAUUUAAAAAAUGACCAACAAUAGCUGUUAUUACGUCUGAGCCAGCGAUUCAGCAGUCAUCACACGGGAACGAGGCUAUUGGGUCAAGAAAUGUUUCAAGAACUAAAUCAUAGGAAAGAUAUGGAAACCCACGAGGAAUCACAGCCGAAAUAUGCUUUUUUUUCGGCUGAAGAGAAACUACAGUUGUUGAAUGGUAAUUGUCCCCGAAACAUUACUAAACAGGUCUUAAGAUCAUGGUUGUCCUAUCGAGUAGGAACCUCAAAAAACGGGAGUGCUUCUGCGGAUGGAAACAAACGAGAACUGGUUCAAAGGGUCGUAAGCUAUAUUAAGAAUGGCUGGGACGCGAAUUUUACUGAAAAAUGGAUGCAUCUGUCAGGAGAAUCGAACGAGAACUUAAAGGAAAAUUCGGCAAAUGCUAACGAGGAGCCAACAGGGAAAGAUAUACAAAAUUUCCUGCCUUCAACAACGUGGACCGAAUUGAAAAAAUGCAACAAACUGCCAGAGUUUUCUAUUGCAAAUAUGAUGAGCUACUUUAUUACUAGGCGUGCAAGAGACGAUGAAAGUAAUAAAGACUAUAAAAGCUUAAACUGCAAAGCUUUUGGUCUUUUCAGACAUGGUCACGUCCAGAAUAUUAAGGUUGCGAAUGAGGAUGGCAAGUAUUUUAUCCAAUGCGAAUGCUUACCUGAGAUGAAAAAAACUCUAAAAUAUAAGAUCCAAAUGACAGUAGACAGUUCUGGUGAUAUAAUAUAUGGAAACUGUAAUCCUUGUCCAGCUGGUAAGCCACCACUUGCAUCAUGUAAACAUUUGGCAGCUCUAUGCUUUGCUCUUGAAGAGUACAUUAGACUUGGUCGUAGUCAAGAAUUUCUUACCUGUACAGAAAGAUUGCAGACUUGGAAUCAACCACGAAAGCGAAAGCUGGAGGCACUCUCAGUAUACGACAUUGAUUUCAGUAGAAAAGUUUUUGGCACAGAGAAUUUAAAACACAAUAAAGCACUGCACGAUCCAAGACUUUGCAUCUAUAGAGAACCAAGUACAGAGAAGGCAAAUCAGACCUUGCUUCAAGAAAUCUCGAGAGAAAGUCUAAAUUGUGGAUUUUACUCUAUUUUAUCAAAAGAGCCACUAUGUCCAAGUAGUUUAAUUGUCUCACCCAUAAAGGAACAACCAAUGUCAUUGGAAGAAAUACAUGCAAAAGCUAAAAGAAUUAAGUCAAAUCUUUUUGUAGGAGAAAAAGAAAGAGAAUUGAUAAGCAGAGCAACAAAAAAUCAAAGUGAUUGUCAAAAGUGGUUUGAACACAGGAAAACAAGAAUUACUGCAUCGAAAUGCAAGAGAGUACUUCAGAGACCAGACACAAGCCCCACUAAGGCUGUAAAAGAAAUUCUACAUCUCAAUGACAAUUUUCAGAGUAAUUACAUGAAACAAGGUCUUACUGAUGAAGCUAAUAUUAUCAAGUCAUAUGAAAACCUCUUCAAGUGCAACGUCUCUAAACUAGGGUUUGUCAUUUCAUCUACACAUCCAUUUUUGGGUGCAAGUCCUGAUGGUGAAGUUGAUAACAAAUGUUUGGUGGAAGUCAAGAGAGUUUUUCCUGGAACAAAAAAACUGGCAGAAGCAGUUUGCAGCAGGGGAAUUUGCAAGAGGACUGUUCAUGGCCUGCUUAUUAACACAAAUCACCCAUACCAUUUUCAAGUUCAACAACAACUAUUUUGUGUUGGUUUACAGUGGGCUGAUCUGGUGAUAUCAGAUCUAAAGGAAAUGAUCAUAAUAAGCAUCAAAAAUAAUUUACAAUUUAGAAGAGAAGUUAUCCCAAAGCUUGAAAGUUUUUAUGAUAACUAUAUUGCUGUAGAACUUGCUUAUCCACGGUUAACUUUAGGUCUUCCCAGGCUUGGAAAAGUAUCAAGAUUAAUGUAACAGUGUACUUCAGUCUUUGUUAGAACUCNACAUGACAGUGGAAUCACUAUCUAUAAAUUAUUUAACUUUUGCAUGAUCUCAAAAUUAUGAUUACUGAUGUUGUGUUUUUUGAAAUAUAUCGUUUUAAAUAUGGAUAUUAUUGUCUCAUUGACAGAGAAGUGAAUUUCUAUUGUAAUAAUUACUUUUACUGGUUGGAAACUGACUCCACUAUACUCUUUGAACCAGCAAAACUUGCAACUUUAAUUUUGCAUGACAUUAACUGAUUUUCAAUACUAACAUGUAGAACAUUUGAAUAAAUUUAGAUACAAUGAGCAUUUUUUCUAUUAGCCAGAUAAAUAUGACAUCUGCAGAAGAUUAAAUCUAUCUUGAUUGUUAA